AUGACGUCAAUUUACCCGAUCAUCGUACCAUCAAUUCCCACAUUAUUAAUAUUGUUUUUCCUAACAACGAAAUCCAUUUCUGCAGAUUCCCAAUCAUCAUCUUCAUCUGCCAUUUAUGACAUUUUGGAAUCCCAUGGUCUGCCAAUGGGCCUGUUCCCAAAGGGAAUUUCUGAAAUUUCAUUCGACCCUGACUCUGGCCGCAUGGAGCUCCAUUUGGUGUCUCCUUCCCCUUGCGAUGCGAAAUUCGAGACCAGGGUUCGUUACGAGUACAAUAUUACGGGCACAUUGGCUUAUGGCCAGAUUGUUAAUUUAUCUGGGGUAGCUGCCCAGGAGCUUUUCCUCUGGCUUCCUGUGAAAGGGAUCCGGGUCGACAUUCCGAGCUCAGGGUUGAUUUAUUUUGACGUUGGGGUUGUGUUUAAGCAGUUCUCGUUGUCAUUUUUCGAGACUCCAAAAGAUUGUGAUGUUUCGGCAAAGGGAGAUCAAGUAAAUGUUAUCAUUUUGUUUAAUGAUCAAGGACAAAUUGCUGAGCGUCCAUCCAGAAAGUUUGGGAGAAAACACGACGAGGGGAAUGCAAUGAGAGCUGUUUCAUAA